AACUUAUCUAAACAUAAAUAUAUCCAUACAGGAGAGAAGCCAUACCGCUGUGAUAUCUGUGGUAAAUUGUUCUCAAAAGGUUACUUGACUAUACACAAACGUAUUCAUACCGGCAAUUAUCACUGUGAUGUCUGUGGUACAUCAUUCGCUAACCAACGUGCAUUAAAUUCACACAUGAUUGUUCAUACAGGGAAAAAGCAAUUUCGCUGUGACAUUUGUGGGAAAUCAUUGUCUACAAAUGAUCGAUUAACUAAACACAAACAUAUUCAUACUGGAGAGACGCCAUAUCACUGUGAUGUCUGUGGUAAA